GCGCUCUUAAACUUAGUUUUUGGUCAUAAAGAGUAACCCCCAGUGUUGUAUCGAUUGCGCCUAGCGCGCAGGCGUCACAAAUUCACUACGCUGUUACUCAUUGCUAGUACAAUCCCUCAGGCGCUCAGACGGUACUCUGGAGCGCUGAAUUCACCAAAGAAAAGUCAAUAAACUCUCCCAUUUCCGCGUUCACUCUGCCAAAAUCAUAAUAAAACCCGAGUGUAUCUAAAACUUAACAUUAAACAAAGAUGUUGGUUCGCAACCGAAAAUUGGGCCCGUAAAUUUUCUACAAAUAUAUUUUUCGUCUCACCAAAGAGUAUUGACCGAAAAGGUUUAAGUACCUCACCUCUUCGAUAAAGAAAUAAGUUUUUACCAAAAAGGCGGUAAGGAAAGUCGUUAAAACGGCGCCCGCACGAGUCAACCGUUUAAACCCGAUGUAUUUGGGGGGCCAGGAGUAUACGGAUAUAAAAAUAAGUUCCAAGCUAUUGGAGUCCACUGAAUCUGAAGACCAGUGUCAGAGACCUUCGAAGCCGGCGCCUCCUGAUAUUGAUCAGCGAUGUCGCUGCCCCGAGAGUUUAUGUUUAACGAGGCAUUGUCUAAAAUGGACACGACGGUGUUGGGCACGUCGGCCCCAGUGCAGUCCGCGCCGCUGUCCUGCUCCAUCGACCUGCCGACUGACACUGUCGACUUCGCUGAGGGCCGGUUAUCCCCAGAGCUGGGCGGCUCCAUGCUGUCAGUGCAGUCGGCGCCGCCGGAGCAGUGCGAGAGACCACACAGCCUCAUGCUCGAGCUGCCGUUAGCCACGCAAGUAGGCGCGUACCUAUCAGCGCUGUCGCCGCCGGAGCAAGAGGAGGACUCCCUGCUCACGCUGUCGUCGGUGGCGGCGCGGCCCCUCAUCGCCGCCUCCAGGCGUCUGCGCGACCCGCAGCCUAGUGCUAGUACUACCACCCCGCAGACAGACGGCGGCUACGGCUGGGUGGUUGUCUUCGGCGCCUUCAUGGUGCAGUUCUGGGUGGCGGGGCUGUUCAAGUCGUACGGCGUGCUGUACGUGGAGAUCAUGGAGACCUUCCCCGACUCCUCCGAGUCCGUGGCCAGCUGGAUCCCUGCGGUGUUGUCUACGCUGUGCUUGGCUUUAGCCCCCGUCUCCUCCGCUCUCUGUGAGAAGUACUCGUGCCGCCUGGUGGUGUUCGUCGGAGGCUUGUUCUGCGCCACCGGGCUCGCGCUCUCCUUCUUCAGCACCGGGUUACUGCAUCUGCUGCUCAGCUUCGGGGUUAUGACUGGCAUCGGAGGAGGAUUAUCAACUACUCCAGGGAUCGUUAUCGUGUCGCAAUACUUUGACAAGCACAGAGCGAUGGCAAACGGCAUCUGCGUGAGCGGCACGGCGGCCGGAAGCUUCGUGUUCCCCAUGGCCAUCGAGGCGCUGGUGCGCGCGUACGGCCUGCACGGGACCGUGCUGCUGCUGGGCGGCGGCAUGCUGCACGUGUGUGUAGCAGCCACACUGUACCGCGACCCCCCCGCGCACCCGGACCCCUCCCUCACCCCCGGGACCACGACUACGGAGAACACGAUACUGCUGCCUGAUUUGCAUGAAGUGAAAGCACAAGCCGGCCAGAACAACCGCCUGGAGAAGCUGUUCUUCCCCGAGUCGGAGCUGAUGAUGAACCAGAGGAACCAGCUCGCGGCCGACGAGAAGCGCGCCGGGCUGCUGGCCGAGAUCAUACAGCCUAGCUUUGUGGAGAUGGCGCGUCCGCCGAUGCCGCAAGCCGUGUCGGACUCCGAGGACUCGGAGGGUCUCGAUGUGCUCGGUGUCGCUGGUCUACCGCGCGAGGUGGCGAAGCUCCGUCUGCGGCCGACGCGCUCGUCCUCCAUCCUGCACUCGGUCGAGGACCUCUCCACCGACAGCACCUGCGUCUACAAGGCCAGCCGGAGGAAGAUCAGCAGGUCACUGUACAUCAAGCCGCCCCUACCACGCGCGCUCAUCCAGAGCAAGCUCAUCCACGAGGCCGCCAGGGAGAAGCAGGAGCAGAAGAUACGAGAAGAGGAAGAAGAAGUGGUUGUCAAGAAGACUUGCGUUGAACGGAUUUCGAGAUACCUGGACGUCUCUCUCCUCAAGUCCUGGCGCUUCGGCCUCCUCUGCGCCUCCGUGGCCCUCAUGUCUUGCGGGUCCCCGUACGCGCUGUACUACUUGCCCGCGUAUACUGUGUCCAUGGGGCAUAGCAAGGCUAAUGCUGGUCGGCUGGUAGCUAUCAGCGCGGUGCUGGACCUGUGCGGGCGGCUGGGGCUGGGCUGGCUGUGCGACCUGCAUCUGUUCUGCAGGAGGAAGGCAUACAUCAUCAGUAUCCUGGUGGCGGGUCUGUCGGUGCUGACUCUACCUCUGUUGUCGUCGUGGUGGGCGCUCGCCAUCGCUGCAGGUAGCUACGGUCUCUGCCUCGGCUGCUGGUUCCUGCUGGUGCCGGUGCUGCUGGCGGACUCGUUCGGCACCGCGCGCAUCGCCUCCAGCUACGGGCUCGUGCGCCUGUUCCAGAGCAGCGCCGCCAUCUCCGUGCCGCCCGUCGCUGGCUUAGUCCGCGACGUGACCGGCGGCUACUCGUGGUGUUUCUACGGCAUGGGGUCCUGCAUGGUACUCGGGACCAUACCCGUCAUCGCCUUCCACAUCUGCAGCAAAAAAGAAGAGGAGGAAAACUCCUCCGCUGAUUGAAGUUACAGACGAGAGAAUUGAGGUAUUAAAAUUUAGGAGUUGGUUUCGAUAUUAACGUUGAGUUUCAGAAAGUAACUUUAAGAUUAUGUCGACUUUAAACGUAAUGUCUUACUUUGGCAGUGUGUGGAUAGAAAGAGAUAGACAUUGAUUUAAUGCCGACAUUAGCUUAAAGUUCCUUCCUGAGACUCGGCAUCAGUAUUAUAGAACUGUUUGAGGUUUGGAAGGGUUUUAAACGGAUUUGAAGGUUGACUUUUGAGUUGUAGAGGAAGGGUUAUGUUUAAAUGACAGCUGGCCUCGCGACACGGUUGCGUAAUCUACGACGAUAAACUAGUUAAAUGAGCGUUGCAACUAUCACACAGCCGUAUGUAUGGCUAAUCGCGAUGUUGUGAGUUUUAUCUACGUCGAUAUCGGACCCGUGCAGCGGGGACCGAAUCAAUCCGUUUAAAAUAUGUUUUCUAAUAUAUCUAAUAAUAAUAUGUGUUUAAUCGUCGUGGUGGUUAUUGUAGAAUGUUUCAAAAUGGAUUGGUAGUUUAAGAAUGUGUCAAUGUUUUUUUUUUAUUUCGGUUUUUGUGUAAUGGUUUUAAAAGACAAAACCAAGCUAAAUAAAUGUCAGCUUAGCAAGUGUUAAAAGUAAAAUUGUAAAAGCACUUUUAGGACAGCUUAUAAUGUAAUAUUUCUCAUGUUAUCAGUUUUAUUGAGAAAAAUAAAACAUAUGAAAAAAGAUCGAAGCACUCAUUUAUACGUGAGAUGAAAGCCUAAAAGGUUUCAAGAAA